AGCACCGCCGCCAGGUACACCGGCGCGCCGGCCCCAGUGCGCUCAGCAUAGUUGCCUUUGCGGAGAAGUCGAUGAACUCUGCCGACGGGAAACUGCAGGCCUGCUCUGGAAGAGCGAGACUUGGCUUUUGCGCGCGCCUUGCCACCCUGCUUCCCACGUCCUGACAUAGCUCAAAAGAAAAUCUGUUAUAACGGACAAAGUUACCGUUAGGAGGGAGGGGGGAGGGCGGUACUGGAACCUAUUUAUACUGUGACCGGUAGAUCUUGAUUUGGUAGAUGAUUGGCUAAUGGAACUGGCUGCUUAUGCAAUCGGAGAACCUUAUUGGAAUCAUCUCAUUUACAUAUAUACCACUACCUAUUAUCCAAUCAAAUGUUCUUUGAUCAAGACGUCAUUUGAGUGUCGAGCCUAUAAAUACCACUCUUUUGCUCCCAAAACUCCGGUGAGGAUUGGCACUAUUCACCAACCAUGCCGGAGCUGACUUCUAAGGGUACUACCAUUUCCAAGAAGGGCUUCAAGAAAGCCGUAACUAAAACUCAGAAGAAGGAGGGGAAAAAGCGCAAGAGAUGCCGCAAGGAGAGUUAUUCCAUUUACAUCUACAAGGUGCUGAAGCAGGUCCACCCUGACACUGGUAUCUCCUCCAAGGCCAUGAGCAUCAUGAAUUCUUUUGUCACUGACAUCUUUGAACGUGUUGCUGGUGAGGCAUCUCGUCUGGCGCAUUACAACAAGCGCUCCACCAUCACGUCCAGGGAGAUCCAGACGGCCGUGCGCCUGCUGCUGCCGGGGGAGCUGGCCAAGCACGCUGUGUCCGAGGGCACCAAGGCUGUCACCAAGUACACCAGCUCCAAAUAAAAUCAUGUGAUAACCAAAGCGUCACAACCCAAAGGCUCUUUUCAGAGCCACCUACAUGAUAUAAAGAGCUGUGGGCUCUUAAAAAUACCCUUGUAUCUAGCUGAAUAUGAACUCGUUUUAUUUAGCAAGUUCUUUUUCACACCCUAUAAUGUGGUAAAGUAAGCAGAAUAGAUGUAACAUGU